CACAACAAACAUUCUAUAUAUAUAUAUAUAUAUUUCAAUUUCCAUAACAAACAUUUUUUUCUUGGGUACCCGCUCUUUUACCUUAUUUCUUCUCUAUUUAAUCUAUUUCUCCUGGUUCUUUCCUUUUUGUGUAUUUCCUGUUACAAACGAUAUUCCCCGUUUCAGAGACGGCAAAAGGAAAGAGCACAGCUCCUGUGUGAGUGUAGUCUUAUUACUUGUGAUUCUUCCUUAUUGAGCAUGAUGGAAAGUCCCAAUUCACCCGACCAACAAUCAGGGUUCAGUGAGUCUUUCGAUAUCAGCGAGUCGUUUGUUCCCGCAAGGGAUCUCAAAAGAGCUGGCCACGCUGAAAUUUCGUUUGAUGGCCUACUGAAAGAACCCCUAAUAAUCAGGGAAGAUCUUAAGGACGGAUGCGGAGGCCAGCUAUGGCCGGCAGGCAUGAUCCUAGCAAGAUAUUUGUUACAUCAGCACCGAUCUGACUUUAACAAUAAGACAAUAGUCGAGUUGGGAGCUGGCGGAGGUCUCGUGGGACUUGCUGUUGCACGCGGUUGCGAUAUUGGGUCGUCAUCGGUAUACAUUACGGAUCAAGCACCAAUGUUCCCAUUAAUGGAGACCAAUAUUAAGCUGAACAAUCUUUCCUCUCGCGUUGCAGCCACGGUGCUAAACUGGGGGGAGUCUCUCCCAGAUUGUAUUCCGAUACACCCCGAUAUCGUACUUGCCGCGGACUGUGUCUAUUUUGAGCCGGCCUUUCCUUUGCUGAUAUCAACUCUCAAAAACCUCCUGGGCCCGGAAUCUAUUUGCUAUUUCUGCUUCAAGAGACGUAGACGGGCGGAUCUCCGUUUUAUGAAAUUAGCGAAGAAGCUAUUUCACAUAGUCGAGGUCUGCGAUGACCCGAUGGCAGAGACUUACAAGCGAGAAAAUAUUUUCCUAUAUUCAAUACGUUCGAAAUAGGGCACGCCUGUCUAUAAGGAUGAAGAGAGACAGGUAACUGAAUAAAGCGAGGAGGAGUUAAAGUGAGGUAGAUUUGUACAU